CGCUGCCGCCCUCCCGCCGCAGCCAGUUCUGCGGCACGGCUCGGCACGGCUUGGCUGCGGCUCGGCACGCCAUGGUGCAGCUCGGGGGCAGCCGCCCAGCCCCACCGCCGGUCCCGGCCGCUCCGCCGGCCUUCAGCAUCGACAGUAUUCUGCAGGUCGGACCCCGCUGCCCGGCCCGGGAGAACGGCAGAGCGCGCUGCGCGCUGCCGGAGGAGGAGGAAGAAGAGGGGCCUGCGGAGCAAGACUCCAGUAAAGGCUCCAGCAGCUCGGGCAGCGAGCCCCGCCGGCUCGGGGACGAGGGGACAAACCGCGGCCUCAGCCCGGAGGUGGAGGGUGGCGGUGGAUUGGGCUCCCCGCUCUCUACGGAGGGGAUGCGAGGGGCCCCGCAGCCGCCACCGCGGGAUGCCGUGGGCUGCGGCGGGGAGCGCGGCAGGUCGCCGGCGACGGGCGGCAGGAAGAAGACGCGGACCAUCUUUUCCAAGAGCCAAGUUUUUCAGUUGGAGUCCACCUUCGACGUGAAGCGCUACCUGAGCAGCUCGGAACGGGCCGGGCUGGCGGCUGCGCUGCAUCUCACCGAGACCCAGGUGAAGAUCUGGUUCCAGAACCGCCGCAACAAGCUCAAGAGACAGAUGUCGGCCGAGCCCGAGGGCCCGAGCCCGACGGAGCCCCCGAUGGAGCCGCCGCCCCCCGCCGCGGCGGCGGCUCUCUCCUUCCCGGCCCUUUACAAGGACAGCCCCUUGCUCAGCCGUUGCUUGCUGCCGCUGCCUUUCCCCCUGCUUUAUCCGGGCAGCGCCAUCCCCUACCUCUGCCUCCCCGGCCCCGGCAAACACUUCAGCCUGGUGGACGGGGACGUAUAGCCUCUCUCCCGGCCCCCGACUUUCCUCUUGAUGGGGGCCGUCCCGGUGUUAUUUAUGCCCUCGCCGUGUCGGUGGGGUGUCCGGUUUGGCCACAGCCGGCGGCAGCCGUGACUUGUCCCACGGAGGGGCAGCCCGGGCUCCCCUCACGCUUGUUCGUGGGCCGCCGGCACGUCGGUAAAGCUUGAAAAGGCGCUGCCAGCCCUCCCUGGUUCUUGCAGCGCUUUUUCUUUGGUCAGGACGGAGGAGUUAACACGGAGCCACCAAAGAAACGGGGAUGUGUUCUGCCUCCCUCCCUCCCGAAUUAUCUAGUGCCUGUAUUGGGGGAGCUGAUGCCCUGCCUCAGACCACGGGAUCGGUGUCCCCGAGGCUGCCUCAGCUCCGUGGCCGCCUCUGUACAGUGAGCCGAAUCACUUUUAAUACAGCUUGUAAAAGCGAAGGCCGCCAUGUGUUCCACCACUUUGAACUCGCCACCUGUGAUAACCCUCUGAUUAACUCCUUUCCAUCUUUGACAUUAUCAAAUUGU